CACAGGUGGAAAGUGGUGUGCCCUGGUGGUCCGUGCACGUAAAAAUGCCCUAAGGGCCCGCGCACUCGGUCGUUUAGAUUUCGGCAAAUCUGCGUGGAACCAAACGAAGACACUUCCAGAUCACGACGCAAACCCCCCCCCCCCUUCCAUUUUCUUGAUACACAUAAAAAUCUUCGAGGAUCGCCCGACAAGAAAAACAUACCAAAAUGUCGGACGUAGAAGAGAACAACGCCCCCGAGGUCAGCGAGGAGAUUGAGGUCUCCGGCGAUGCUCCCAAGGGUCAGAUGUCCAUUCUCGACGCCCUCAAGGGUGCCCUGAAGCUCGCUCUUAUGCACGACGGUCUCGCCCGCGGUCUCCGAGAGGCUUCCAAGGCCCUCGACCGACGACAGGCUCACAUGUGUGUCCUGAACGAGAACUGCGAGGAGGAGGCCUACAAGAAGCUCGUUAUCGCUCUUUGCAGCGAGCACAACAUCCCCCUCAUCAAGAUCCCCGACGGCAAGCAGCUCGGCGAGUGGGCCGGACUCUGCGUCCUGGACCGCGAGGGCAACGCCCGCAAGGUCGUCAACUGCUCUUGCGUCGUUGUCAAGGACUGGGGUGAGGAGUCGCAGGAGCGCUCUGUCCUCCUCAACUACUUCCAGACCGAGCAGUAAAUGCAUGGACUUGGACGGCGUUGGAUGUGAAGGGGACUAGAGGUGCGGACUCUGUUUCGGGACAACUCGACAUGACUUUGUCAUUGUACUCUGGCCACUUCGGUUGGCAUCUGAAUGGGUUUAGGCCUGACGUCUCACGGCCAUAUUGCAUCGAGAGGAAUAUAAAAAAAAUUGGGCAUCAUCAA